AUGAAUAGUAAGGUCAGGGCUCGCGUCGUUAAUAAAGAUACGAACGAGACGAACACGACUACUUCUUCUCCUUCUUCGCCUUCUUGUCCUUCUUCGUCUUCUUCGCGUCGCGCGACCCCCCGGGCGACCGGCUCCUCGAUCGACUCCUCGACCCGCUCCGAUCUCGCGACCGCUUCCCCCCGCGGUCGCCCCUCCCGCCGCCGCCGCGAUCGCCGCCGCGAUCGAGCCCGUCCUCGAUCAGCUCGUCCAACAGCGCCUCGCCCUCCUCCAACGCCUCCCUCGCCUUCGCCUCCCUCGCCGCGAGCUUCGCCGUCCACUCCGCGAAGAUCGCCUCGCACUUCUCCGGAUACCCCGGCGCGCUCUGCCGCCCGUCCUCUGUCGCGUCGCGCCCGCGGACGGCGCGGAUCCAAUCGCGAUCCUCGCCCAGCGCCGCCUCCGCCUCCUCCCACGUCGUCGACCCUCGCACCUCCCUCCGCGCGCUCUUUAUGA